CUGUCUGUAUGCUCUAUUAUAUCCGCUGCUCACUGUGUAUCUACGAGGGUGUCUCUGUCUGCUGUAUCUUGGAUACAAUAAAAUCCUGUGAUCAGUCAUCUUGAGCUGAGAGGCGUUAUGUAUGAAAGAUGCUCUUUACACGAGGCUGGGGAUUCUACCGCCCAACUCGGUCAGUUGCCUGUCAAUCCAUCUACCAGUGUUCACAGCUUCCCCCUCCUUGUAUUCCUCGCUUUCUGCGAUGCUGCUUUGACCCCGUCCCAUGGCUAACCAGAUCAUCAAGCCCAUUCUGGGCGCGGCUCAGAUAGCAGGCGACUUUGGCGUACCCUAUAUUGGAGGUGCUGCAGGACUAGUGAAGGGUAUCCAAGAUAGUGCUGAGAAGGUCAUUGCGCAUAGACACGAAUGCAAGAGGUUAGGGAACAAGGCUGGCCAGCUUCUCCAGGUGUUCGAGGAACAAGGUCCUCGAUUGAAGGAAUCGGACCUUCGCGUUUAUGCAGACGAAAUGGAGAGUAUCCUCCUGAAGGUUCACACUAGAAUGCAGCGUUGGGCGCAGCUCGGUCGCGUCCGCGCAUUUUUGCAGGAUGCCAAGAUCGCAGAGCAGAUCAAGAAUGCCAACAGUGACAUAGAUACCACGAUAAGCAAGUUCCAAAUGCAUUCUUUAAUCACAAUACAAACCGUCCAGGAACGAGUGGAGGCCAAUGUCACCAUCACACAUAGAACUGUCGAAGAGUUUCUCACUCGUUUUGCCACUAGUCCCGCCCAAGCCGCAGAUGAAGUCCGACAGCUGGAGAGAGUAGGACAAGAGAUAGCUAUUCCACUAAUGGAGGAAGGCCAGAGACAUUUGCGAUUCAUACGUGAACAACUCCCAGCUCAACCCAAGACGAUCAACGCUGAUGGAGGGACGUCUGCUCCGAAACCUACAUAUACCCCCGAAUACCUUCAAAUACAACACGGAUUGACAGAACUCUAUAAACGGAUGGGUAUACCCCCAACGGUGAAACAUCUCGAUGGUGAGGUAAUACGUGAUGGAGAUAUCCCGGUCGCUGGAGGGACGUAUAGCGACGUUUGGAUAGGUUGGUGGCUUGGUGAGACGAAGGUUGCUCUGAAGGCAUUACGAGGUGUAAGAGCUACAGCAACCAAAGCAGGACGUCGUUUUGAGCGAGAAUUGAAAGUUUGGUCAAAACUUUCGAAUCCGCAUAUCCUAUCGUUUUUGGGGCUCGUCACGGAUAUUGGAAACUUCUUGCACAUGGUGUCGCCAUGGCAAGAUAACGGGAACAUUCUUGAGUUCGUGAAGAAGCAUGAGGACGCAGAUCGACAUCAUCUAUUGACUGGAGCAGUCCAAGGUCUGGCGUAUCUUCACGAACAGGGGGUAGUGCAUGGGAACAUGAAAUGUUCAAACAUCCUCGUUUCCGCCGAAGCAGAAGCCCUCAUCUGCGACUUCGGCAUGUCCAAACUCGUCGAAGACGUGACCGAACAAUCCGCCUCCGCCACCCUCACCAAACAAGGUUCAGCUCGAUGGCUAGCCCCAGAAGUGAUCGAAGGCUUAGUCGACUCUCCCACAAUGGCCUGCGACGUUUAUUCUUUCGGUAUGACCAUGUUCGAAUGUUUCAGUACCGUAAUGCCUUUUGCCAAACUCAAGAGAGAUGCUCAAGUCAUUCAUAAGGUGAUUGGGGAGAAGAUGAGACCGGGAAGGCCUGAGGUGGGUCCGGAUGCUAGUAGGUGGGUGACGGAUGAGGUUUGGGCGUUGAUGGAGUUGUGUUGGCAGACGAACCCUGCUGAUAGGCCGACGAUGGAUGUCGUUGUGCAGAGGAUGGUUACGAUUGAGAGGGCUAGGGAGGCUACCCCCAAGCCGAGCCCGGAUGAGGCCAUGGAUGUCACCUCAUGAGUAUGGUGUCAAUGCUUUUUUGGAUAUGUCGGGGUUGUUUUCUGUUUUCGCAUGCUUUGGAGAAUCAUCGAGAUAUCUACGUUCUUGCUUCCUGUUUCAUUUAUAUGUAGAUAUAUUGCUUCUGGACUAUAUCCCACACCUUACAUACCCCUCAUGUACAUACUAUGUCCACUGCUGUUUUGCUAACGUUACUAUGAUGUAUUUGUCCGUUACUUCGCGCCCAAGGCGCGUACAUGAGAGUGCAGCCCUCCUACGCGGAGCUCCAGGUAUUGCAGAAACUCCGUCAUCCACGGAUCCUCAUCGCCGACAACACCAUGACCGCCGAAAUUCAGCGUUAUCAGUAAAACAGACUUCACGAU